CUGAAAAAUAAAAGGAAUAAACGGGAGGUUGUUUUGUUGCGGACCCUUUUCUUCGUUGUUUCUCUCUGGUCGGAGCGAAAAGGCUUUGAACUCUCUCCGGAACGCGAGGAUUAGGGUUUAUCCCCAUCACAAUAGAAUUUCGCAAUCGCAGACGAACCCAGAAUCUCCUCAAUUCGUUUUCUCGCUGUUUCGAUUGGGGUGAAGGGACACAGAGCGAGAGGGAUUCGGUGUUUCUCCUUCGGAUCUCUAACUGUAAUCCAGUGGUGCCGUGGUGGUGUGUUCAUUCAGGCUUCCACUUCAACCUGAGAGCAAUAUCAUUGGUGAAAUAAAAUCAACUUCUAAAGUUUGUGACUAGCAAAUCGAUACUUGAAGCAAGUUGAUGGAUUCAGAAAACAAAAAGUUUGGAAGAGGCUAUUCUGUCUUCUGUUACCAUGUCAUGAUCUGCAUUUUAGAGACAUAAGUUUGAUACCUGAAGUGAGCUUGGUUCCAUUAAAAUAUCAGGCCCCAGAGAACUUACAGGUGCUGUUGAUCUUAUUAGCCGCUUCAGAUUGUUACCUCAUCAUGAGUAUUUCUGCAAGAGGCCACUUCCGUUAUCAAUUUCAGAUACACACUAUCUGCAUAAUGUGGUUGGAGACACAGAAAUUAGGAAAGGCGAAGGGAUGCAAUUGGAUCAGCUAAUUGAGGAGAAUUCUGUUUCAAGAGAGAUGAACACAUCCAUAAAGCCAUUUGAUUUAGAUGUUUUGGGGGAAGCUUUUCAGUUGAGGGAAACAUCUCCAAUUGAUCUGCCCACUUCUGAAAAGGGCAUCCCUACUACAGUGGGGAAAUCUAAGAGUGAGUCCAAAGACAAGGAGAAGAAGCAUAGAAGGCACAAGGACAAAGACAAGGAAAAGGAUAAAGAACAUAAGAAGCACAAGCAUCGGCACAAGGACCGAAGUAAAGAUAAGGAUAAAGAGAAAAAGAAAGAUAAAAAUGGUCAUCUUGAUUCUGGUGCUGAACAUUCAAAGAAGCAUCGUGAAAAGAAAAGGAAGCAUGACGGAGAGGAAGAUAUCAAUGAUCACAGGCACAAGAAGAGCAAGCACAAGAGCUCAAAGAUUGAUGAAAUGGGUGCAAUAAAGGUAGCAGGCUAACAAGUGCGGCGUGCAACACCCAAUGUUUUCCUUUUUUCCUCAGACUUUUAUUUGAGAAUUUGAAGGGAUCUUCUUAGUUUUCUAUUAUGAAGCGUUUCCAAGAAUAGUAUAUGGGAAAUGAAAGGUUGAUGAUAAGGUGAAUAUUCAUGCUGAAGUAGAUAAAUGCAGUUGGAUAAUAUGGAAAUGAACAACAGAAAAGAUGACUCCUCAUUACAGCACAUUGGGUUUCACAAAUGUUUCUUCUUUUAUCCCGUUUAACAAAUCCUAAUUUAAAGGCUUUUUGGGUUGUGAACCAGAAAAUGAGAUGUGUUUAAAUUUAUGCUAUUCAGCUUGAAGUUCCGAUUUCUGCUCUUCUGUUUAUAUUUUGUAGAUAUUCAUUUUAGGGUUGUGGUGGAGGUAGUAUGGAUUUGUUUCUGAAGUGGGUUCAGUUGUACUUGUAUUGUUUCAAAAGAUGUUCUUUGAUGUAUGUACUAAUAGAAUGGAAUAAAUUAAGUCAAUUUUUGUAUUUAGGCUUGAAGCAAACCGAGUGUAGUGGAUAGAAAGCCAGUGUGGUACUCUUUAUUAUCUGUCAUUUUGCGCGCGCGCUGACUU